UUAUUGUUGCAGUGAUGAAUGGUCACUUGCAGUUGGCACUGCUGGCAGUGGCACUCUCAUCAGUGGUGACGUCACAGCCAUUCAGCCAAUCAGAAGCCUCCAAACACAGCGACUUCCAAUGGAAUAUCAGAAAAAUUGGCAGCCGGAAAGUAGCUACGAUAUCUAUAAGGAAGGAUGAGGAGAGAGACAGACGCAGCAUCCCGCUGACGGAUGACGAAGCUUACAGCAGGACUCUCCCUCGGCAUCACCAGGGCCCGUCAUCUCAGCACAGACACAGGCAUCACCACGGUCAGCAGGUCAAUGAUGCUGUUCUGCUGGCUGACGAAGAUGCUGGAGGCAGGCGGGAAGACGGGAGGAGACAUCUGGCAAGAGAUGCUGAGAGAAGCAACAGAGGCAUGUCUCCUCUUCACGUGGCAGAGACGGGGCUGGAGAGAUUUGGUGCUGGUGACGUCAGUCUUCAAGAAGACGACGAGGGUCUUGAAGAGGACGACGAGGGUCUUCAAGAAGAUGACGUGGGUCACUUCCCACGUCUUCAAGAGGUACUGGAUGAUGCUGGAAUUCAUCUCAGUCCCUCCCUCUUCCGUAACCUUACAGAAGCAUCGAGACCCAAGAGGAACCGGACCCGGGAGCCCAAGAAAAAAGGCAGCAAGAAAAACAAGAGGAAAUCCCCCAAAAACAAGAAGAAGAAGACGAAAAAUAAGAAGAACGGAAAGGGAGCCAAGAACUGUAGAAAACUGAAGAGAAAUGCCAAGAAAGCUUGCCGGGAGGCAUUCCAAAGGUGCCGUGAUCUUAGAGGUAAGGCAAAGAAGGUUUGCCGAGCCCAGGCCGCCCAGACAUAUCCAGAUAGGCCUAGCCCCAACGAAACAGUACCAGAGGAUGACAUGUUCAGCUUUAUCAAAAAUAUUACUGAAAUGAGCGGAAGUGACGCAUGUCAGUACCACCACUUAGAACAAUGCUGUCGGAGAGUAGGUCUACCUUCCACGGCACCAGAGGCUCUCCAGCCAGUUGUCAAGUGUCGCUUCAGAGAGGAGUUCCUCAAGUGCAUGGAAGAGCAGAGAAUGGGCACAUGUGACCCCAACUUCCAGACCCGAGGUGACCUCGCUGCCCUCAGGAGCAAGAUAAGUGAGGUCAUCUGGACCACCACUAGCUGCCUCAUAUCAGAGGUCGAGGAGGGAUAAGUCACCUCCUCAAGGUCAUCACAAACGACAUAUGAUUAGCUCAAAGCAUGCAGUAAACGUACAGAUAUCGACGUUGAGCGACGUGUAAGGAAACUAACGUCUUGAAAUGAGGCAGCUAAAGCCGCCUGGUCUCAGCCAAGCCUACGACAGCAGAAUGAGCCUAAAGCCCAGUCACAGGUGUGAGCUAGGCGCAGGGACCAUCCUCCCACCACACAGUUCAAGGCGGAAGCCUUAACACAGCCUCUGAACAUUGAAUUUAUAUAUGUGUAUAUACGAAAUGCAUUUUGUAAUUCCAAUUUGGGUGGUCAAUAUUUUCUCGUAUACUGUGUAUGUUGAACUUUGAAAGAUGAUUGGCUAUGGAUUCUCCCGGUGUAUAUAUACUACCACGAGUGUAUAUCUCAUUGUAUACUCACCGUGAAUUGUGUGUAUCUCUGUAUAUACAUUGAUAGGUCUAUAUCUUUCACUGUCUAUACCCCUUUGAGAUUUAUAUCUUCAAGUGUAUAUACACCCAGAUGUGUAUAUUUCUCAGUGUAUCCACACCGAAAACUAGACAGUAUGUUUCUCAGUGUAUAUACACUGGUAGUUAACAUUAAUUACUGUUUUAGGUAUUAAAGUAUUCUUGACUGGUGGUGUACAGGUGACAUGUAGCCUUAAUGACCCUCGUGUAGUAGAUUUGAAACCCAGUUAAAUCACCAACCAUUCCACUUGGAGGGUCAAGAUGACAAUGGGUUUUAAUUAGGGCAACGUUUCGCUCCAUAAAAAGCUUUAUCGAGACUCGGUAAAGCUUAUACUGUAACCUCUGUAUUUCCUCCAUAAGAAGUCCAAUUUUCACUAAAAAAUAACAUUGUCUUUCAGAUAUUACAUUGCAAUUUACUGGUUUUAUAAUAUAUAUGUAAAUUACUUGUCAAUAUGCAUUUUAUGUGUGUGUGUGUGUGUGUGUGUGUGUGUGUGUGUGUGUGUGUGUGUGUGUGUGUACUCACCUAUUUGUGGUUGCAGGGGUCGAUUCAUAGUUCCUGGCCCCACCUCCUCACUGAUCGCUACUAGAUCCUCUCUCCCUGCUCCAUGAGCUUUAUCAUACCUCGUCUUAAAACUAUGUAUGGUUCCUGCCUCCACUUUGCGUAUGUGAGUGUGUUUGUGUGUGUGUGUGUGGUGUGUGUGUGUGUGUGUGUGUGUUUGUGUCGUGCCUAAUAAGCCAAACUGGCAAGUUAGGCCUAAAAAAAAAAGAAUAAAGACAAAAUUAAUUAUUUUGCUUAUGUCACGAUGCGUUUUCUGCCGAAUAAACACAGUGUGGUUUUUUCGGAACAUAAAGAAAAAAUUGUAUAUUAUUAAUUUUAAGUAAUAUUAGAUAAAUGUAAACUGACCUGAGAUAUAUUCAGCAGAAUAUGACUAAAAAAAUUACGUUAAGCCAGGUAUCUAAGUUACGUAUUACGUAUUUUUUCAUUAAGUCUGAUUUUUAAAGGAGUUUGGCU